AUGUCUCUCAAGCGCAAGAGAGCACUGGAAGACAUCUUCCAAUCACGGCUCAUCAAGUUCGUCAUUGGCACUCCUGGAGUCGAGUUCAGUGUUCACGAGUCUUCUUUUACUCGACUAUCUGCACCACUUCGAGCACUGCUCACCGGCGGCAUGCAGGAGUCAAUUGACGCAAGGGUUGUUUGGGAUGAUUUGGAAACCUCCAUCUUCCUCGCCCUGGUGGACUUUGCUUAUAACGGCGACUACGCUACCCCAUCACUUGUGAAAGCUAGUCAGCCUGAGACCAGCACCAAAGCCGACAGCGAAGAAGAUUGUGUGGUAAAGACUAUAUCUAUCUCUGACUGGAUGAAGAAGUUCGACGGUCAAAACCGCAGGCCAAUUAUCUACUCCUUAUGCAAGGCAGUGUUCGAAAAGGAAAAAAAGAAGAGCUGGGACGGAUCAAUCGGCAAGGCAACCUACGCAGCCGAGAUGAUGGACGCGAAUGUUACCGGCCAUGAUGUUGUUUUCAUGUUCCAUGCCAAAUUAUACACCCUUGCCGAUAAAUAUGCAAUUGGACAGCUCAAGGAACUGUGCUUGAAACGCAUACGCGCCAGUUUGCUCUUGGCUCCUGGAAAUAAACACGUCCUCAAAGCGGUCCGCAAAUUGGUUUGCUACGUCUACGAGCAUACAUUGCAUGGCGAUGGGCUUCGUAAUCUGGUGCUUCGCUAUUGCAUCGUCAAAAUCGGCUGGCUCAAGAAGUGUGGAUUCGUCACUCAAAUGGUUAAAGGUUUACCGACUUUCGCAACAGACUUGCUUUUGGGAACGCCUCAAACGAUUUUUGACCAAAUCAUGGGAGAGCCAUGGGAUGGAAAAGGCAGCACUUGGUCACCCUCACGUUAG